GUUUUUUUUGCAGCGAAUUCGUGAUUACACCAUGGCCGAAGGAGCGACUUGCGAAGACUGCGUACCAAGUGUUGAAGGUCAAACCCUUCAGUCCAAGGUACCAAGCCCGAAACCUCAGGACCCUUUGGAUGCCUCCACUUUCGUACCUCCGUCUCCCCUCCCCUCUCCAAGCGUCACCAUUGAGUUUUGUGACAGGUGUCGGUGGCUCCAUAGAGCGACAUGGGUCUCUACAGAACUCUUCCUCACCUUUCCCACACCUGCAUUGAAGGCAAUCUCAAUUCUUCCGCUCAAUUCUGAAGAGACGGGAGGCCGGUUCUGCGUUUGGCUAUUCCUGGGCGGCCAACCGCCAGUUCUGGUGUGGGAUAGGAAGAUCGAAGGCAGCUUCCCUGAGCUGAAAGUCUUGAAGCAGCGCAUCCGUGACCACAUCCAGCCUGGGAAGUCGCUGGGGCAUUCUGAUCACAAAUAAUGCAUCUAUUCGCUCUGUCGCAUAGAGUUGUGUGUCCAUGUGCAGCGAGAAUAUAUGCUAUCAAUUGCCUAUCCCA